CGACGCUGGCCGCUCUCCUCGCCGGCUGCGCGGCUGGUGGGACGCUGGGGGCGCCGCCGGGCUGGGCGCGCCGAAGAUGAGCGCCGGGCACGUCGUCUGCACGGGCUGGCUCAUCAAGUCGCCCCCGGAGAAGAAGCUCAAGCGAUACGCUUGGCGGAAGCGCUGGUUCGUGUUGCGUCAAGGCCGGAUGAGCGGCAACCCCGACGUCCUGGAAUACUAUCGGAACAGCCACUCCAAGAAGCCAAUCCGGGUGAUUGACCUGAACGAGUGUGAGGUGGUGAAGCACUCGGGGUCCAACUUCAUCAAGAAGGAAUUCCAGAACAACUUCGUCUUCGUUGUGAAGACGACUUACCGCACCUUCUACCUUGUGGCCAAGUCCGAGGAGGAAAUGCAGCUAUGGGUGCACCACAUCACGCAGAUCUGUAACUUCGGGCAUUUGGAAGACGGCACAGAUUCGGGGGACAGCCUCUCCCACACCACUUCCUCCCCACAGCCCUCCCCAGCUGCUUCUGCCCACGCUUUGAGGAUUGGGGACCCCUCCUUUCCGGCCGACCAGGCCACCGCUGAUGCUUCUGCGGCCGAGGAAACGGCAAGCGAAUCCGAGUCAGUCAUUCUUCCCGACUAUCUCUUCUUGUCCAACUGUGAGACCGGAAAACUCAGCCAUGUCAGGUGCCACAGCUGGUCCAAUUCUGAUCGAUCCUUAGAGCAGACGUCGUCGGACGACGUGUUUGUCGACUUCGUGGCUUCUCAGCCCUCGCUCUAUUUGCAGCCCUCCAGCAGCCUGCUGCAAGAGCUGACGGGUCAAGGGGUUCUCCUUCGGAACACGGACUCGAGCGGGCCUCCUUCCAGCGACUUCUCGUCUUCCUCUCCUUUAUCGGCAGCUCCGUUAACGCCAACUGUCCUGGGCGACAAAAGCCAGAACCCUCUUUCCUAUGGCGUUUCCGAACACGAUGUUCUGGGCAACGCGCCGCCGCCGAGGCCUCCGAAGCCAACGCGCCUCUCGGACAGGAGGCCCGAAGAGCAGUGCCUCGGGGUGCUUCGCAACGGACACGCCGGGGUCUCCGGCGCUCAGGGGGCUGUGGUGCCGAGACGGAUCUCCUUGUCCGGCUUGGACAGCAUGAGGAGCUGGAGAGCUGACAUGGAAGAAAACUCCUUAAGACGCCGGGAUAAGAGGCUUAGCUUGAAUUUGCCCUGUCGGUUUAGCCCGCUCUACUCCUGCGCGUCCAACAGUUCGGAGGACAGCUACGUGCCCAUGCACCCCAGCGGCUCCCCGCCCAUCUCCGGGUCAUCCGAUUGCACCCCCGACGGCUACAUUCCCAUGAGCCCAGGCUCAGCUGCGUUUGCUCUUUCCACGGCCAGUGCCGACAAACACUCCAGCCCGCUGCCCGAACUCCCCAACGACCUGGAACCGCCUCCGGUGAACCGGGAGCUUAAACCUCGCCGGAAAUUCCGACCACCUCCCCUGGACCUGCGGAAUCUUUCCACCAUCCGAGAACAUCCUGCCUUAACCAGAACAUGGACCGUGCCUUACAAUCGAACAAGCUUUAUCUCUCCAGAAAGAGACGGCAUUAAUUCAGCGAGAAUCUUUGCCAGUUCAAUUUCCGGAGCGGAGGAAGAAAGUUACAUUCAAAUGGAGCACCAGCAAGCAACAUCUCCCUAUAAUGGAGCAUUCCAGUGGCCAAAGAAGUUUAACCUUGAUUACUUAGCAUUGGAUUUUAAUUCCGCGUCUCCAUCCCCUGUACAAAAGAAACCAUUUUUCUCCGAAGAACAAAGAGUGGAUUACGUCCAGGUGGAUGAGCAAAGAACUCAGGCUCUCCAGAACACUAAACAAGAAUGGACAGAUGAAAGGCAAUCCAAAGUUUGAAAGGGGAGAAGGAACCUUUUUUGUGGUUAGCUUGAUUUUGCACAUUGAAAUCCAGGUAAGUUGAACGAUCCAGCGAAGACGGUGAGAAAGCGGUCACAGGUGGCGUGGAAGUAGGUGGCCGUCCGCCACUUUUUGCGAGCGAUGGCUUUCGGCUACGGAAGGGACGUGUCGGUGAGAAAGGACCGGUUUGCAGUUUCUCGAAAUGACACCGUCGCUGCCAUCGCCUCGGUCGCCCCUUCCGGCAAUGGAAACAUGGUACCAUUUUAGGACCUGAACGCAGGGGUGGCACCUUUGAACACUGAAUGGGAACAAAAGCCUUGCUGUGUCUCGUGAAUCACUGUAAUUACUUCUUACUUGUUGUUGUUCGUGUUUUAAUCCUCCCUAUUUAGCAGGUGCUGCCUCUACUGUAGCAUCUGGUACUGACAGGUAUUGGGGAAUAAGGGCUAAACUUGCAAAAGCAUAGAAAAUAACUUUUGUGGGAGGGAAGCCGGGAGGGUGGGAUAUCCCUUGGUAAGUAAUGUUUGGGUUUUCGUUGAUCAUGUUGGAAAGUGUAAAUAGGACUUUGCACUGUUGAUGAUGGAAAUCGUUGCUGGACGGACACACACACACACACCUUCAAUCGUCCUAAUCACAGACUGGCAUCCGUCAUGGUUCUGCAAUGGCCAAUUGCUCAUGAUGCAUUUGGGGACAGGGGGGACGGGGCUGGGUUUCUCCUCCGCUGCGAGGAGUUGCUUUAAAUGUAGCGAAAGCUCUCCUGUGCGUCCUCUGACUCCCAAGGCUUUGCUUUCGAAAGGAACUGACGGACGCCUGCAAAGGCGUUUUUUGCAUGCUCUGGCGCGUUUGGACCAAGUUCUGGGCUGCAAAGAAGAAGAUGCCGUUGGAAUUCGCCAAGACGACUAUCCAGUUUUUGAAUCCCAACGAAACAGGAUUGUACCGGAUCAUAGACACAGACACCCGCCCCCCCCGAGCACGGCGUAAUUGUCGCUCGAAAAUUACUGGAACGAACCUGACUCAGCCCUUUUAGCACUAAGAUAUUUUACUUCACAUUUAGCCUUCUUUUAAUAAAAUAAACGAGGACGUGA